AAAAUGAUCAGUGGGAUGAUUUUGAGGACAAAAUCAGUGUGGAUUUUGAUGAUGGACCACAACCUAGUGAAGGUACAGGUCUCUAUGUCGUAAAACUGAACUCCAAGAAUCACUGUUACAACACUAAUGAGGAGACUUCUGCAAAUGAUGCUGAGGUUUUGGGUUUCCAGGAAGAUGAUGAAAUGAUACAGGAACCAAGCUUGAUGGAAGAAAGAGAAGGUCUUCAAAACAGUCUGCAGCAAAAUUUAAAACAAGAAUCGCAAAUCAACAAGGACUUAAAGGAGAACUCUUUAAAAUUAGUAUUUAACUCAAACCUCUGUCUAUUCAAGUCUUUAAAGACCAAAUUUGGCUGUUUCGUCUGUAAAGACUCAUUCCUUAACAUAAAAGACCUAAGAGAACAUUCCAAAAAACAUUCUAACGCAGAGGUAAUAAAAACCAAAUUCAAUCGCUUGAGAGGCAUGUCAUACCAAAACGCAGAUAUUUCAAAUUUGGAAUGUACAAAAUGUGGACAAACUUUUUUAAAUUUGACAGAUCUGAAAAAACACCUCAUAGAAAAUCAUGAGAUCAAAUUCGGUGAUGCUGAACAUUUUUUAAUACCAUACAAUUUGCAAGAUUCCUUCCAAUGUGUUUUAUGUAGCGAAAAAUUCAACACAUACAUGAGAUUGUCCGUUCAUAUGAAUAAUCAUUAUUCAAAUAAUGUGUGCGAAAUUUGCGGUAAUUCGUACAUAAACAGAAUAAGUUUAAGAAUCCAUUUGCAAACGCGCCAUAAAGAAAAAAAGUGUAGUCUAUGCUCUGAUAUUUUUUUAUCGAGUUACGCGCGCGUUCGACAUAUGAGGACACACCAUAACAGUUCUAUGUCAAAGAGAUACUGUCUUGUCUGUGGUAAAACGUUCCUUUACACGUAUCAGCUGGUCGAGCACAAAAUUUUAGAGCAUGGCGCGAAACGUCAGUUGAAUAAAUGUUCUUUAUGCCCAAAAACAUUUUUAAAUUUGCAAAAUUUGAAGAUUCACAUACGUUCCGUGCAUGUUAGAGAGAGGAAUUUUCCUUGUAAUGCGUGUGAGAUGAGGUUUUUUACUAAGUUCGAUCAGAAAAGGCAUGAGAAGACGCAUUUGGAUGAAAAAACGUAUGUUUGUGGGAUUUGCGAUAGUAAAUUUAAGGGGAAGGACUCUUUGAGGAGGCAUUUGAAGCGACAACAUGGGCAAACAUAGUAUUUUAUGCAGAGCACAUAAUCAUUAUAACUAUGUAUAUUCUUAGUAGUUCCUGACUUUACAAUAAUUGUGUAUAAUUCUGUAUAUAAUAAACCACUUGUGUGUAUUAUACACAAACAAUUG